UUCUGCAUCAUUUUGACGUCACUAGCUCGUAGUCAUCCCAUGUCGGGAGCCCAGAUUUCUAAUCUGGAAUAAAAACAUGGAGUAGCUUUCGAUUUGGACAACAGGUCAAGCGUCGAGAAAAUGGACCCCGAAGAAGCUUAUCUGGCAUGUAGACCGUUACGUGACGUCUAAUAGAUGACAGACUUGAGGCACGCCAGUAGAUAUUCUUAUACCAAUCGCUUCAGGCAAACAAUUUCUCAUUGGAGAAACUUUCCCAUAGUGAAUGGGGUGUUCGGAAUGGGCGAAACGGGUCUUACACCUGCGUUCAAAGGAGAGAGCCAGCCACAAAACUAUGCUGAUAGGAGUAACAACCUAGACCACAGCAGCGCCCCAACAUCCAGCGUCAGCAGACAUGCAGAGAAGAGCUGUAACAAGUCCACACACUCGCUCUUCAGGGUAGCCACGGAAAAUAGAGCCCGCCGGGUCCGGUUCUAUCGGAAUGGUGACCGCUUCUUCAAAGGAAUGGUUUACGCCGUGUGCAACGAGCGUCUUAGGACGUUGGACAACUUGAUGACCGCUCUGACGUCAUCUCCCCUGUGUGACAAAAAGAUCAUGCCCAACGGGGUGCGAUACAUUUUCAGCCUAGAUGGCGCUAAAUGCAUCCAGACGCUUGCGGAGCUGCUAGGGGGUGAGAGCUACGUCUGCUCCUCGACGGAGGUGUUCCGUCCCCUGGACUACUGCAGGAACGAAGACAGGGCCUGGAACUCUAACAUAUUUCUACAUCACAACAAGGAUGCAGGCGGUGUCUCUACUCAACAGAGACGUCAACGAAGCUCACGUGAAGAAACGCGCUCCAAAUCUGAAUGUCAGUCCGUAUGUUCCUCCAGUAGAUUACCUUCUCGGCCACAGAGUUUGAAAGGAACUAGAUCUCAUUCAUUGAAGACUGUACAGGAUGAUGAAGAGAAAAGGGCAUUUGAGGAAUACCAAAGAUCCUUUGUGACCCCACGUCUGAUCACCAUCAUACGGAAUGGCAGACGACCUCGUCGCGCGCUGAGAAUGUUGCUUAAUAAAAAAACAGCUCAGUCGUUUGAACAGGUGAUGGUGGACAUUACAGAACUGGUUAAACUGGACUGUGGAAGUGUAAAGAAAUUGUUUACUUUAUCUGGUAGACAGGUUUUGAAUUUGUCCGACUUCUUUAAAGAAGAAAUGGUUUUCUUGGCAUGUGGAAUAGAAAAGGUUUCCGCUCAGGAUUUUGUUUUAGACAAGAGAGAACUCGGCCUUAUCAAUUCCUACCGACCCCAUGGUAGCAAAGUAAGAGAGAGACCUACAUCUAGGAAAACGAACGAAUCUGCCUUUUCUUCUAUCUCAAAGAAUUCAGUGAUAACACCACCAACAAAGUCUUCCUCUGGACUCUCCUGUGCCAGACAAUCACUGCAACUUAAGUCUGAAGACAAAAGCUUAGACAAGGAAACUUUUGAUGCUUCAAAAGUGGACAUGCCAAUGACCUUGACCAACAAGUAUGAAAUCGGAACACUGAUUGGCACUGGAAAUUUCGCCUUUGUUUUGGAAUGUAAAGACAAGAAAACAAAGAGAAAGUUUGCAUUGAAAAUUAUAAACAAAGACACAUGUAAAGGGAAGGAGAAGAUGUUGGACAAUGAAGUCCGUAUUCUCCGUUGUGUAAAACAUCCAAACAUCAUUAGGCUUAUUGAAGAUUUCUCCAACCAACAUCAGAUUUUUUAUGUCAUGGAACUGGUCAAGGGCGGUGAUUUGUUUGAUGCCAUUGCAUCAUCGACUACAAAGUAUACAGAGGAAGAUGCUAGUGGGAUGCUCUAUAAUUUAGCCAGUGCAUUGGAGUACCUUCAUUCUAUUCAUAUUGUUCAUCGAGAUGUUAAACCGGAGAAUAUUCUGAUUCGGGAACAUGAGGAUGGCACCAAGUCUCUUAAACUUGGUGACUUUGGGUUGGCUACUGAAGUAAAUGGACCUCUCUACACAGUCUGUGGAACACCCACCUAUGUUGCACCUGAAGUCAUUUCCGAAACUGGAUAUGGUGUCAAGAUAGAUGUGUGGUCAGCUGGGGUGAUUACAUAUAUAUUGUUAUGUGGAUUCCCACCUUUUUCAAGUCCAACAGAUAAUCAGGAUGAACUGUUUGAUCUUAUCAUGGGUGGUCACUUUGAUUUCAUCAGUCCUUACUGGGAUGAGGUCACAACAUCUGCCAAGAAUUUAAUCUCUGGCAUGCUGAGCAUCAAUCCAGAAAACAGACUUUCAGCUUCUCAAGUUUUGGAACACCCGUGGGUGUCGAAAGAUACUCAUUGCCACACAGAUCUGCGCAAAGCAGUUUCAUCAGGUAUCCACCGACACUUUCGUCGUGGACAUCGAACAAGGCCAAAAUAUGCAGGAAUAAAAAUGAUUGCGUCCACAGCUCUAGAUAAAGCUUCCAAAUUCUUCCAAGGUCGAGGUUCUCACUACCUGAAACAUUCAAUCAAUGAAAUGAUAGAUUAACAUAAAUUGACAAGAUGAAGAUCCUGUCGUGCUUGCACUUCAACUAGGAACCUUCAAAGAUUGUAUCAUUAGUUCUUGUGUAACAGUAGAUGGAUGUUUCAUCUUACACUUUGCAGUCAAGUUUAUGUUGUUAAUGUUAGGUAAUACACAGUACAUCUUGACCUUAAACAUUGUACAAUUUGAGAAUGCAUGAGUUUUUAACAAGACUAAUGCCAAAAGAGAAUUGUUUCUACUCUGAUGCUUGCUGUUAAAUGUAAUUCAACAUAUCAGUUAUCUACACAUUUCAUUAAUUUUUCAUGACCUGCAGGAGUCUGUCAUCAGUAGAUUUAUUUUGAUUUGAUAUACACAUUUUUGAAAUUUCGUAGUGUCCAAUAAAUAUGCUAUUUUAGUGAAUGUAGGUAGGAGUCAAGUCACUUAAUCCCCUUUUUCUCUGAUCCUAUAUCUAACAAAUCUGAAUUAUUAAAUUAUGAACAAGAGUCUGUAGUAAUUGAAAACAUACUGGUGUUGACAAGUAACUGAAUAGCAAUAAACAAAAUACAUAUUUGUAUACAUGUGUUGAAAUAUGGACCCAAAAUAUGUACCACAACAGGGUUGAAACAUUACUUAUAAAGUAUAGGUGAAAUGAAUAUGAAUAAAUAGAAAGUUAUCUUAAAUUUAAAAUUGACAUACUCAUAUUCACAGUGACUAGAACAUAAUUAAUGAAAGAAAGAGCAAUUGACGAAUGAAGAUAAGUAAAAGAUGACAGUCAGAAAAUAAGUUAUCAUGAUCAUGAUUCUUCUAAUCGUCUUAUCUCUCACACAUUACAGAAGUCAGCACUAACUCUACUACACUUUGACGAUAAUGCGCUACAAAGGAUAUAUCCUAACCCAAUCAACCUUCCCAUUUCCUUGCUAAGAAAAUGAAUAAAACUUUGAUGCAGUAUGCCCAAGUUUGUUUUAACAUCCCCUAAAUCAAACAGAACCAUAUUAAUUAAAGACCCAUUCAGCUUCAGGUAUAUAUUGCUGGUUAUUACUAUUUAUUUACAUUAAUUAUAGAUUUCUCAACAAAGCUGCGUCCACUCGCCAUAAUAAAAACUUUCAAAUUCUUAAUGCAUCCAUUAUAUAUUUUUCGUCAUUAUUUGUAGAUCUUCUCUGUGUUCCAAGUUUUAGUUUUUUUAUGUACUUAUCAACAAACAGUACCUGUAUCUAUUCAUAUUUUAGGAUAUCAGAUUAAAUUGGUACUUAAAUUCCAAAACUUAACUGGCACUAUUACACAAUGACUAAUACAAAAUUUUUCAAUCUGGGAUUAAGUCAGGAACAAAUGAUGGGGGAUUUAAGUGACAAAGAUUAAAUGACCAGGCUUUUGAAUUUAGUAAGUGUAUUAAUCUUCUGUUAGUAACUCUUAUUAAUUAAAUUGUCUGGUUGAUAUUAACAUCAAAAGCCCAAGUUAUUGAUCUGAUAUGUAGUGUCAAUAGAGUGAAGAAAUCAAAGCUCAAGAUUGAUAAAUCAAUGUCAUUUUGGUCAAACACAUUUGGAACUUUUAUUGUUAUUAUUUUUUUUUUACCUUUAGCAUUUUGAAACCCAAGAAAAAUGUAAAAAAAAUGUAACCCUGAUACUUCAAACUUUUGUUCAAAGAAGGAAAAAAAACAUAAAUGUAGUGCAUGUUUCAGAAACCGCACUAAUUUAUGUUAAAUCCAUUAGCACUUAUUUAACCCUAAGUAAUUUGGACAAGAAUUAUUUUCAAAUAAAGCUACAAAAUUUUUUAACCACUUUUUAAAUAUUGUAUAAUAUUUAUUUGUCUACAAUAAACCUUGUACACAUAA